CUACAACACUGACUGUGGGAAACAUAAUCUCUGUACAACAUGAACUGCUCAACUUCUUUGGAAUGCUGUAUAACCAUCCUGGAAUAGUUAAGUGCAGAACAAUGGCUUGACUGUUUCCCUGGCAAUAUGCAUGGACACAUCCUCCUGCUAAAUCUCUUACUGUGUGCAAUUCAAGCUGUAUCCUCUUUUAUCCAUCUAGAACCCAAUAACGCAACUGUGUUACGGGGCAGUGAGGUGCACUUCAACUGCAGCACUGAUGAAACCUGGGACCUCAUGACGUGGCUGGUGGAUGGAAGGACAGUUCUCAGCAUUACGAUGCAGCAAGGUGCUGUGGGCAGAGAUCCAGCUGUCUCUACUGUAAAUCACUCCACAUCAGAGCUCUCAGUGUGGGAGUUAGUCCUGAUGAGUGCUCCAUUCAGACCUACAGUUCAGGUGGUCAUAUGUGAACUCCUGCCUACAAAACCCAGCAGGUCUUCGGCAACCCUGUUUGUACAAGAACAAGGAAAUGUCACAAUUUUGGAGGGUGAUCUGUCAGCAUCAGAGGGCACAUUGGUCAUCUUCCAUUGCCAGAUGGUUGGCUGGUAUCCAGACCCUGUAGUGAUCUGGGUGGUCAAUGGCACUACUGUGGACAGAAGCGACUACAACAUCAGCAGUCUUCAGGAGUCAGACAACCUCUUCCACUCAAACAGUGUGCUACAGUUAAAAGCAGAGACAAGCACCAUGGUAGAAUGCUGUGCGUCCGUGCCUGCCACACUUGAACACCAAAGCAGCAGUGUUAAUCUAACUGUAGUGCCGUCAGGAACUACACAGGACUAUACAGAUUUGAUCGCUGUAACGGUGGUGGUGUGUGUGAUCAUUUUACUGGUAAUACUAAUCCUGCUCCUGUACUAUAGAAAAAAACUCACAAAAUCCAGCUCUAAAAAUAAACUUAGCUCCUCUCUAUGGACUGUCAAUUUGAAUGGUGAGAGGAGAUGUGCUGCUGAAGAAAGCAGAGGAAAGGCUAAUGAAGGAUACCACGUUGAAGACGUAAGAGAUUCAGGACACAGUGACCUCAGGGACAGAGUUCAAAGCACCGUGAACAUCAUCAGACCUCCCCAGGUUCCUGACAUUGUCAUUUUCUCCUCUCAAAAUCACAACGAGGAAGAUUUUUUAAACCUGUAUGGUAAGGAACUGAAGACAUUUCGUCAGGUCACCACUGUUUGACCUCAUCAUCACCACCACAACAACACAAUGCUGUUUAAAUGCAGUGUGUUGAAGCUGCUGUUAUGGACCAUCUUUCUGUGAGGAGAGAAACCCCAAGUCCAUUCUGAUAUUACCAUUACAAAAGAUUUCUCUGCCAAAGGGUUGUAAAAUUGUAGUGUAAACUGUAUGUGAACUGUGUGCUGUGAAGUUCAUGACUUGCAUGUCAAGGGAGUCUGAGUAUAUUAUAUAAUCAUGUGAGCCCGUGUAAUCAUGUCAACUGAAUCACUCAGACUUACAGUCACACGUCAAUACCACAUGUCUCCAUGCACCAAGACCACCAUCUAUGUACAGUAUUUUUAUGUAAAUCAUUACCAUUUUUGUAUUAACACUUUUUUUUUAAAUUGUGUAAUUACUUGUAUUGCCCAUAAAUAUAUUUAUAUAGACUUUCAGAGAAAGGAAUCAGACAACAAGAUGACUUUGCACUAAAUGAUAAUCAAAAAGUAGUGUAUGAAAACAAACACAUUUACAUAAGAAUUGAAAUCAUUUUGUUUUCUUUUUUAACAAAUGGUCAUCGAAGGAUGUAUUAAACCUUCAAGGCUCCAAUACACAAAGUUCUUCUUCAUUCUUCACUCAGAACUAAAAAGAAGGUAGAAACAGCGGAGAGUCAGUAGCUAUACUGUUUAAGAACAUUCAGACACAACACAUGCCGCUGUGGCCAGCAUUUGGAGAAACAUUUAAAUUCAGUCCAUGCUCUUCUGUCAACAGACUACAUGUAAAACAUUAACCAAUGUGACAU